CAACAUAUGACCACAUGGUCAACAGCAACACCAGACCUAAAAACAAGACGCAAGAGCGAUUUCAAGUGGCCUUGUCAAAAUAAAAACUUAUGUGGUCCAAUAUCUCGUGGUCGUGCAAGUCGUACCUGGACCUUCUACAUACGGAGCAAUUAUCGGUGCUGUUUUACAGGUCUAGAAGUUCACCAAGAUGGCGCUGAUGGCAGUCGCAGACGUGGUGGAACUCACCAAGAUUUUGGUGACCACCAUCAACAACCACGUCAAGGCGAGUCAAGUGCUGGCCGAGGAAUGCAAAGACCUAAACGAUUUGGUGACGCAGGUAAGUAUUGCGUAUGAGCUGAUGUGUGCUUGAAUUUUGAUGAAAAAGCAAAUCGUCAUCGUUGCACAUCGUCAUCGAUGCGAAUCUUGACUAGACUACAUUACAUACAACAGUCCUCACACCGUACUGCUGAGGUAGCAUGUGAUGUUGUAGAGCCCAUUGCUAUUUUCCAACUUGUUUCAUCUUCAGGUCGGUGUGAUUACUGCAGAUCUUGGCGACAUGGUAAAGGACGCACCUGCGGACAAGAUGCGCGGUAUCGAGGUUGGAGUCAACAAAACGAAGGAGGUGCUCGACGAAGUAUCUACCUUCGUACAGGACGAAACCAUGUGGGUGGCGAAGGCCGGCUGCUGCGGCAAGCUGAAAAAAGGAACGGGGCAUUUGAAGAGGUUGAAAGAGCUGGAAGCGAAGCUCCGGGCGCAAGUCAGUCUUCUCACGCAGUUGGUCAGCAUGGUUACGUCGGUAUAAUCGUUUUUUCGUUUUCCUUGCUGCGGCCGGCGACGCCGGUGGUCAAAGCUUUUUGUUUUUCCUUUCACAAGAUCGGGAACAAGAGCUUGAGCAGCGUGCAUUUACUUGAUUUGACUUGCUAUAUUUUCUUGCAUCCAAAAAUCAGCUUUCCUCCCACGUGCGUGCCUCGAAGGCUCGGGUGUUUGAUAUGGCGUUCUCAAUUGUUACAUUCUCAUCUGUUACAUGAUUUGUCAUGCAAAAACGCUAUCACUAUUCACACGAUCAAGCCUUCUCUGCAUGACAACUUCUCGACGCGCUAAAUAGCACUACAAUCCGUCCCAAAUCUGUAAUGCAAAAGGCGCAAUCUUCCUCCUUUCGCUUUUGCCCUUCUUGCAUUACAAAUUCGCGUAACAGUUGAGAAUGUAACAUUUGAGAACGCCAUAUUUGA